AUGUCGGACACAAAGCAUGAAGAGAUACAUGGUGUCUCCUCUACAUUAGAGGACACUCCGCAGGUCAUUGCCGGUUAUGGUGAAACUGCCAAGCGUGAAGGUGCAAAGACCAAAGAAGUCCGCAACGCCGAACUGUAUGCUGCCAUUGAGGAGACUGAAAUUAAGAGAUGGAGCAAAACAUCCAUCCACCUAUACUUCUGUAUAUUCACAGCUUUCCUCUGUGCCUGCGCCAACGGAUAUGAUGGCUCCUUGAUGAGUUCGAUCCUGGCCAUGGAUCACUAUCAGGAUGUGUUCCAUGUCGGCUUGACUGGCGAGAAAGUCUCUGUUGUGACUUCGCUAUAUACUGUUGGAUCAAUUAUCAUCACCCCGGUCAGCGCCAUCAUUUCUGAUAAACUUGGACGGCGAAAGUGCAUGUUCGUCGGUGCUUGGGUUAUUAUUAUCGGCUCCAUCGUGAUUUCAACCGCUUCGUCGCUUGCUCAAUUCGUGGUUGGACGUUUCCUCCUUGGUGUCGGAAUUCAAAUCAUGGUUGUGUCAGCUCCUGCAUACGCCGUUGAGAUUGCCCCACCACAUUGGCGUGGUCGUGCUGUCGGUUUCUACAACUGCGGUUGGUUCGGUGGCAGUAUUCCCGCCGCAGCCAUUACCUACGGAACAAACUCCAUCGACAAUAACUACCAGUGGCGCAUCCCGUUUAUCUGCCAGUGCUUCGCAUGUGUUCUGGUCAUCGUUUUCGUCUGGUUUAUCCCCGAGUCACCCCGAUGGCUUCUUACCCAAGGAAGAGACGAAGAGGCUAUCGCCUUUCUUACCAAGUACCACGGAAAUGGCGAUCCCAAUGCGCGUCUGGUCCGUCUCGAAAUUGAGGAGAUGAAGGAGGGUAUUCGAAUCGAUGGUAUUGACAAGCGUUGGUGGGAUUAUCGACCAUUCGUUACAACCCACAGCGGUCGCUGGCGUUUCGCACAGGUUAUCAUGAUCUCCGUCUUUGGGCAGUGGUCUGGAAAUGGUCUCGGAUACUUCAACUCGACCAUUUACAACGUCCUGGGCUACACCUCGGCCUCGAUGCAGCUGCUCCUGAAUCUGAUCAACUCUAUCGUAUCGGCUAUUGGUGCUGGAACUGCAGUGUGUCUGACCGAUAAGAUGCCGCGUCGCACGGUUCUUAUUUGGGGUACCCUGGCUUGUUCUAUUACAAUGGCAAUCAAUGCCGCAAUCUCGCUCCCCAUUGCGAACACCGGAACUAUCAGCCACACCAAGGGUCAAGCUGCUUUGGCCUUUUACUACCUGUUCAACGUGGUCUUCUCCUUCACCUACACUCCACUCCAGGGUGUUAUGCCCGCUGAGGCACUUGAAACUACCACCCGUGCCAAGGGUCUUGCGCUCUCUGGUUUCAUGGUCAGCACUAUUAGUUUCAUCAGUCAGUUCGCAUCGCCGAUUGGUCUCGGAAACAUCUCUACCAAUUACUUCUGGAUUUUCGUUGGAUGGGAUUUGGUCGAAGUCGUCUGUUGGUACUUCUUCUGUGUCGAAUCCCAGGGUCGUACUCUCGAGGAGCUGGAGUGGGUCUAUCAGCAACCCAACCCCGUCAAGGCAUCCCAGAGCCUGGACAAGGUCGUUGUUCAGAAAGAUGGUACUGUUACGGAGAAGAUCGAAGUUGGAGCUUAA